UGAUUCUCACCAGAUGUCAGCACAUAGGUGUUAUUAAUUUUGACCAAGCAGCCGAAAAGUUUCAGUCAUUGAAAGCGAACAGACGAAUCACGACUGUGAAUGUGUACGAGUUGUAUGUGUGUGUGUGUGUGCAAUCCCAUUGAUAGUGUGUGGUAAAAACUGUGGGGCAAGGGAUCGAAUUCGCCUUAAGAAAUAAAAAAGGACAGCAACACACACACACUCAGUGGGUCCAGCAGCAGCGUGAUGGUGUUUCGGACUACGACAGCCACAGCUAAGGACGUGCAUUUCCAGCCGAUGUGGGCCUGACAUAUGGGCUUACAAUUGUCGUUAAAUUUUCAACUUAAAAACCACACCGACCUUGGCAGUGCUUGAAUUUCAUCGUCCGACGAAACCCAACCGACGACCAGAUUGAGUCUGGAUUGGCUGGUGGUGGUGGUGGUGGUGGUGGCUGUUGCUGGAUUGUCGAGUGGUGCGGAAUAGCGGACCGCACGAAAAGACGAGCCCUGGCACCCAACCUGCGAUCCACCGUCGUCGUAGCCGCCGCCGACGCCGUCGCCUCGUCUUCCCUGUCGUGUCCGCACGACACGAAAGGCCAUGGCCGUUCUGCCUCUUCGCUUAUACGGCGAUCCCGACAGCAACAACAACAACAACAACCUUCUGCCCGCAACCACAACCACCCAACAAACGUCAACGGGUCGUCCAAUCCCAAGCAGCAGCAGCAGCAGCGACUGCAGAAAGAAGGCGGAUAUUCCUCAUUUUCUCGCUCUCCAUCGGUUGUUGUUGUCGAUUCCAGCGGUAGUAGUUGUUGCGACCACAUUGGCACGCCGGCCGCUUUCCUCUUUCAUCCGUCAGCUCUGCCCAAGCGGCUGCAAAACGUUCUCGACGAUAAGAAGAAGCGAUUGACGUUGACGUCUAAGCGUCCAGCGCCCGACUCGACCCGCCGUCACAUCAUCGCCGGACGGACGGCGAUGUCCGACAACUUCAUUUACGGAGACAUCACAAGAGAGUUGUACGAGAUAUGGUGCCGCGUGGUGCCCAACGGCAGCGCCGUCGUCAGUGAAACCCAGCGGCUGCAAUCGCUCUUCCACCAGGCCAGCGUCUACCCGUCGCAGUCGCAGAUCCUGGAGAUGAUCCAUUGCGCCAGAGAGCGCGAACUGGUGCAGGUACCACAGCAGCAACAGCAGCAGCAGCAGCAAAGCCAAUCUCAACAGGAGGAGGAGCCCGUUGUAGUCCCUUCGUCGGCGUCGGCCGUCAUGACGUCCGCCGUCAAUUGCUCACCGACCGAUCCUCGGGAUUCGUCGAGAUCCAAAGACCAGACGGACGGAUGUGGAGGAGGACUCCAGCAGCGCAACUAUUUGACGUUUGGUGAAUUCUGCCUCUUUGCCAACGAGUUGCGCAAAUGCUACGAACGAGAGAUACCUCGACCGACGCAAUUGUCGAAAUUGGUCGACAUCAAGGGCAACGACAAGAAGAUGACCGACCGCAAGAUCUCAAAAUCUGCCGCCAAGUAUCAGGUUUUCCUGGGCGGUUCGUGCAAUCCAACCACGUGGAGGCAAGACAUUGCCAUUCCGCUCCUGAAGAAUUGGGGUUUAACCUACUUCAAUCCACAAGUGCCGCAAUGGGGGCCGGAAUUGAUCGAGAAGGAGCACCAAGCCAAACAGACGGCCGAUGUCCUGUUUUUCGUCAUCGACCGACAGACGCGGAGUGUGGCCACCAUCGUCGAAGCCGCUUAUUACACGGCAGCGCAAAAGACGUUUGUCCUCGUCAUUCAUCCGCUGGAUGGACCUGGACAGCUCAUCCAGGGUGAGCCCAUCACGGAACGGGAAUACGAAGAUUUAGCCACGGGCCAACUCGUCCUGCAAGAUAUGGUGGAACGGCUGGGCAUACCUGUUUUUAAUAAUAUCAGAUCUGCGCUUGAUUGCACUGCAAAGAUAUUACGAGAACGAAUCACUGUCCAAGAACUGGGACUCAGCGAUGGCAUUAAUCCGUUGAAAUAUCCUCAUUACCCCAUCGGCGACAAGUUGAUUAAACUGCGCGAUGCGUUCAACGCACUGGAUACGAGCAAUUCGGGUGAAAUCAGCAUGGCGGAUGUCUGCAUGGCCUUUCGCAUUCUCACCAACAGAGAUCUCUCGGUCGAGGAUUUGAAGAACAUUGUGGCCAGCAGCAACGAGCAAGCCUCGGUAUCUUUCGAUCAGUUUUGCUGCAUUUUGACCGAGUUUCGCAACCUGCCACCCGAUAACCAAAGACGCUUGUGGGACGUGAUGGUCAGCAAGGCCGCAACCUUGCUCUACUCGGUGGUCUCGCCCGUUUCUCGGAUACUCUGCCGACCCAGUCCAAAAGGAGUGGCGCGAUGCGACAGUUCUUCGCCAGAGGUGACAGUGGGCGGAGCACGGGAUAUCUAUUUGGGAGGAUCCUGCGGGUCCACCACCUGGCGCGAACAGACGGCCAUCCCGUUACUCAAGAAGAGUGGGCUGACAUACUUUAAUCCGCAAACGUGCGGCUGGAGUCGGCGAUUUAUCCCGAUCGAGGCGGCGGCCAUGGACGCCAGCCGGGUCUUAUUGUUUGUUGUCUCGCGUGAAACCCGUUCCCUUUCGUCUAUGGCCUUGGCCGCCCACUACAUCGGACUCGGCUGCAAUUUGGUCCUUUGCAUCCAGCGGCUGCCCGACAAUGCGGAAAUCAACGGAGAUCGGCUUUCGGCUUUCGCCAUCAAGGACUACAACCGCGGUCGAAAUUACCUUUCCGAUUUGGCAAACCGCGAGGGAAUCCCGGUCUUUGACGAAGUCAAAGAGGCCGUCGAAUGUGCCAUCCAGCGCUGCCUGCAGCACAACCAACAAACUCAAACGCAACAGCAACAACGAUGAAAAUUGAUUCAGCUAUCAGUUUUUGUUUUCUUUUCUCCCCUUUUGUCUGAUUUUUUUGUGGUCUUCAUUAAUUAUUUUUAAAACAAUUCCUGUGAAAGUGUCCUUUGAUCUUGAUUUUUCCGGGACAGCGAUGUGACUUCGUCUACUCCGCAGCAAUUCAUAAUUCACCGAUUCAACAAAAUCGGCAGCAGCUUUUUCCAAAGUCGCUUUAUUUUUUUUUAUUUUUUUUUUUUUGUCAAGUGAAACAAGACAACUAGACUACUGGACGAGAAGAAUUUGAGAAAGUGAGCAACAAAACCAAACUUUUGAGCGGGUGUGAGGCCUAUUUUUUUGUUUAAUUGUCUUAAUCCACACGUUAUUGGAUCCCUAACAACGACGAUGAUAUUAUCUUGCGCCGGGUGUGUCUGUGUGUGUGUCUGUGUGUCUUCGUUUUUUUUAAAAAAAGGAAAGAAAAACGUUAUCGCGUCCAAUCACGAGCCCAAUCUCUUAAUCUGUGCGUGUCUGUGGGGGUGAAUUUGCGACAUCAAAAACUGAUGGGCCUUUUUUCUCCAGGAAGGAGCCAAGAAAAAAUAGGAUCACUUUGUUUUUCGUUCAUGUCUUCUUCUUCCUCCCUCGAUUCAAUUUAAAGCUGCUAAUUUCUCUUAGUGUCCGCUAUAUGUAAUCACCACAUGUGUACGUGUAACCCUGGAGCUCUCAGGUGUAAUCAACGCUGCCCCUUCGUUGCUUUGACAAACUUUUUCAUGUGACUUUUGAUUGAUUCGUUUUGUUUUUUUGUUUUUUUUUGUUUUUUCAGUUCUGAUAUAUUUGUAUCUUGAUUUUCACCCAACUAUUUUGUAUUUCUUUUUGUAUCGUUUGGCUAGCGGGUCUUGUACAUUUGACGCGUUCGCGGCCUGGGCCAUCCAGCUGCCAACACACCCAGCAGCGCACUACCCUCCCAAUCACUUAAAAACAAGUUGAAUAUCUUUUUUUUUUUUCCUAAUCACUUUUUCAAUCACUUAUACAGUCUCUAUAUUAUUUGUUGGUUAUUUUGUUGUCGGUUUGGGAACGAAAUUUGUUUCUCGUAUGUGUGCGUCGUUGAUGCAGGCCAAUCAGUUUUUUUUUUUUUUUUUUUUUUGUCUUUCUACCUUUCGGUGCUAUCACGACUUUUAGUAGAGCGAGAAGAAACAUUUUUUCGAGGCAGUUACAAGUACAACGGUGGCGGCUUUUAAUAAGCGACUGUGAAGAACGAAACACAAAAAGGAGUGAAAUCAUUCAUUGCCUUUCGUUCUCAAUUUUUUUAUUUCUUAGCAUGAGAUUUACUAUCUGAUUUGCAAAUGAUUGCCUAACACACACACAAAAACAAAACAAACAAUAGCAACCAUCAUUUUCGAAAGAAAUGAAAAACAGAA